GUGCCGAACCUGGUAAACGAACAAAUAGGUGGUCUUUCCGGAAAUGUGAAACACAAGUUUUUCCCUUGCAUCUCGGUCACUUUUACUUUUUCGUUAUUUCGUAAUCCCCAGGGUAUGAUACCCUUUAGCUUCACAGUGACAAGUCAUUUUCUCAUUACUUUGGCUCUUUCAUUUUCCAUUUUUAUAGGCAUUACGAUCGUUGGAUUUCAAAGACAUGGGCUUCAUUUUUUUAGCUUCUUAUUACCAGCGGGAGUCCCACUGCCAUUAGCACCUUUUUUAGUACUCCUUGAGCUAAUCUCUCAUUGUUUUCGUGCAUUAAGCUCAGGAAUACGUUUAUUUGCUAAUAUGAUGGCCGGUCAUAGUUCAGUAAAGAUUUUAAGUGGGUUUGCUUGGACUAUGCUAUUUCUGAAUAAUAUUUUCUAUUUCUUAGGAGAUCUUGGUCCCUUAUUUAUAGUUCUAGCAUUAACCGGUCUGGAAUUAGGUGUAGCUAUAUCACAAGCUCAUGUUUCUACGAUCUCAAUUUGUAUUUACUUGAAUGAUGCUACAAAUCUCCAUCAAAAUGAGUCAUUUCAUAAUUGCAUAAAAACGAGGAGCCAAUCAUAGAACUACAUAUGGUCUGAUACUACUAACUUCCUUGAAAAGUGGAAGAGUAGUUAUGUAGGCAGUUGCCGUUCCAGAAAUGUAGCGGUUGCUCGA